ACUAGAUGUUAGCAAGUUUUAGAUAACAAGAAAUUGUCUGUUGCUAUAAAUAGAUGCCUAUAAAUAUUAGUACGCAUUUUUCAAAGUUCAAAAACAAAUCAAGAUGAAACUCAUUUGCACCUUGUGCCUGUUCCUUGUGUAUACUUGGACAUCAUCAGCGAAACAAAUCACAAAUAGCAGAAUCAUUGGAGGGAUCACAGCUUUCGCUGGCCAGUUUCCUUUCGCUGUGGCCAUCGAAACCACGACCAAAGACGGCAAAUACUUCUGUGGUGGCACUUUGCUUAAUGACCAGUGGAUCAUCACUGCAGCUCAGUGUGCCGAUGGGGCCCUGCUUUUUUCUAUCCAAAUUGGAGCAACAAGUUUAAGCGAUCCUGAUGAAAAUCGCCUAGUUUUGGCCACAUCUGAGUACGUUCUACACCCAGAAUAUGACCCAGCGACACUUAAAAACGACAUUGCCUUAAUCGAGCUACGUAUUCCCAUCCAAUUUUCCAAUUAUAUUCUUCCAAUUCAUGGUCUCCCUGAGGCUGCGUUGGAGGCAGGUGUCCGAGUUGUUGCUCUGGGUUGGGGACAGACCAGUGAUGAGGACGCUGGUCUUUCCGAUAAACUCAAAUUCGUGACGGUGACCAGUCUAACAAAUGAUGAAUGUCGACUGGUUUACGGUAAUCAAAUAACUGAUCAGAUGGUUUGUGUUGAGGGAAAUUAUAACGAAGGGUCUUGCAAAGGGGAUACUGGAAGCCCUCUUGUGCGUGUUAUUUCUUUAGGUAAUGCUCUUCUGAUCGGAGUUGCAAGUUUUGUAAGUGGGAAUGGAUGCGAAAGCACUGAUCCUUCAGGAUACACCAGAAUUUCACCAUAUGUUGACUGGAUAGCCAAUGUGACAAAUUAUAAUACCACCAAAUUUUAGAUGGUAAUGAGAUUCAAGCACAAAAAAACCGUUUUUGUAAAACUUUGUGAUGUUUAUUGUGUCAGAUAAAUUUUUAUUUUAUUUUAAUGUAGAAUUUUGUGACUGGACUUUUGUUAAUAAUAAUGCUUUUGACGUCUAUUAAAAAUUCGAUAUUUUCACCAAUAUGCUGGUACUUACACGGAAUUCCCAGCUUUUUUCCAGCAUUAAUUCUAAAAGUCUAAAUGUAAUCAAAAUUGUAUACAGUGUUAAGGGUUAAGAGAGACGGAAAAGCCUUAAAAAAAUGUAUUCGUCAAGCAAUUCAAAUCAAAAAAAAAUAGUUUAUUUCAUUUUUAUGCUACAAAUA